AUGGGCGUCAGAGAUUCGCACGGGGAGCCGACAGGGACGCCAGAUCCCGUCGAGAAGGGGUUUGCCACGCUUAAUACCAUCAGGAUCGGUGUGAAGGCCAUGGUGCAGAAGGAUGGUGAAUUACGAAAGGCAGAAAUUUUGUCGAUUAAGCAGCGUAAGGAUGGGCUGGCUUUCUACGUCCAUUAUGUCGACUUUAACAAACGUCUGGAUGAAUGGAUCGCCGCGUCAAGAAUUGACCUAACACAUGAAGUCGAAUGGCCACAACCAGAGAAGCCAGAGAAAAAGAAGACCGGCGCAGCCACCAAAGCACCAAGCAAGAAUGCGCAGAAACGCGCCAGAACCGACAGCCGGGAUAUCUCAGCAGCACCCGACCUCCUCACAGGCAAAAACAUUAACGUUGCCAAGCCGCAGCGUCCAUCUAAAGCCGGUGGAAAGGAAAAUGUCAUGGAAGAUAUUCAACCGGAAGCAGAUGGACUUCCCAAGACAGAGCCUGACGAUGUCGACAUGACCGACGUCGGCUUCUCUGAUACCAAGGCUGAGGAACAGAAAGCGUCUAUGUCUCGAGAACAAGAGAUCGAGAGGCUGCGCACAAGCGGUAGCAUGACCCAGAACCCAACCGAAAUCCACCGCGUCCGCAACCUGAACAGGCUACAAAUGGGCAAAUUUGAGAUCGAGCCGUGGUACUUCUCACCCUAUCCAGCCUCAUACUCCGACGCAGACAUGGUCUACAUCGACGAGUUCUGUCUAAGCUACUUCGACAACCAGCGCGCCUUUGAACGACACCGCGCAAAAUGCACCCUCGUCCACCCCCCAGGAAACGAAAUUUACCGCGACGACUACAUCUCCUUCUUCGAAGUUGACGGCCGCCGCCAACGAACCUGGUGCCGAAAUCUCUGUCUUCUAAGUAAACUAUUCCUCGAUCACAAAACACUCUACUACGACGUCGACCCCUUCUUGUUCUACUGCAUGUGCACCCGCGACGAAACCGGCUGCCGUCUGGUCGGCUACUUCUCCAAGGAAAAGGACUCCGCAGAGGGCUACAACCUGGCUUGUAUCCUAACCCUCCCGCAGUACCAGCGGCGCGGUUUCGGUCGACUACUCAUCUCGUUCAGCUACGAGCUUAGCAAGCGGGAAGGAAAGCUCGGUUCCCCAGAAAAACCGCUAAGUGACCUUGGCCUACUAGGUUACCGGCAGUAUUGGCGAGAGACGCUUGUAGAGAUACUCACAGAAGAAGAUCGGGAGUCGAUUAGUGAGAAUGAACUUGCGCUGUUGACGUCGAUGACGGAGAAGGAUGUUCAUGAGACAUUGGUUGUUUUUAAUAUGCUUCGUUAUCAUAAAGGAAAUUGGGUCAUCGUUCUGACCGAUUACGCCCUCGACGAACACAAAAAGCGCAUGGAGAAAGAGAGGAUCAAGGGAGCGCGAAAGAUUGAUCCUGCUCGUCUUCAGUGGAAGCCUCCAGUUUUCACCGCGUCUAGCCGAACUUGGAACUGGUGA